AUGCCAACGUCAGGCAUCGUCGGGCGUCCAUCGACGCCUUGUGGUCUUCGCGGUGAUCGAACGGCUUCGGCGUUGCAAGUGGCACCGUCGGUUGUCGAGUUUUCAGCUUUCGAGCGAGGAUCCUGCUACGUCGCGACUUUCAGUGUCCGGAAUGCCAGUGACCGAGUGUUGCGCUUCCGGUUGACUCCACCGCCACACGCUUCGCCAUUCAAAGUGUUGCUACGAGGUCGAGACCUUGCGAGGACUGAGAACGCCACAGUCUCUUUACCACCGGGUCUUAGUAACAAGUACGAGGUUACUUUCGAAGUAGAAGGUGACGAAGAAUCCGAGCCUGAAGUAGCCACCCCAGCUAUCGUUCAUGAUGCCCUGCAGUUAAAGGGCGACGAUGGUUCUUCUCUAGAAGUUCCGUUGAUGGCCAGACGUGCAUGCCCAUUACUAGAAGUGGCGCCGCCGUUGUGUGAACUUGGUCUCGUGGUGCUGACUCAACGUUCGGCUCGUUGUGUUGAAGUGCAGAACUGCGGUGCACGACCAGGAAGAUUUGUAGUUGAGGUGCUGGAUGCGAGCGAUAACUCAAGAGCUGCGAUCACGGUAUCGCCACAACGAGGGAAGCUUACCCCGCUAGAAUCUGUGAAUGUUAAAGUGGAAGUUCAUGGACUGGAGACUGGAGACUUUCGAGGAAUUGUUCGUGUUCGGAUCUGGGAAUUUCUAGAUUAUGAAGACAACGAGCAUGUGAAUACGAGUACACCACCGUCUGCUGAGAAGAUUGUGGAUGUUUCCGGUAGUGUGGUAGAACACACGGCAGAGCUGGUGUUACGUCAAGGACUGGAGCCUGUGCACUCGUUAUUCUUUGGUUCAUUAUUUGCUGGUGAGACGCGUACGAUCGAGACUUUGUUGAGGAAUAAUGGACCUCAACCUUUGUCGUUCAAGACUUCUAUUAGUUUUGGAGGUGUAGCAGGAGCGGUAGAAGAAGAUCGAGAAGCCUAUGAACGACGUAAAGAACUCCGGAUUUCUCCUGCUGAUGGCUGUAUCGAUCCAUUCAGGGAAGCACUCGUGGCUUUUAUUUACCAUCCACGAGCCAAAACACUCGAAGAAAUCCAAAGAAUCGAACGCAAACAAGGGGCUACAAACCCAGAAGAUCGAGACUGUGCUGGGUCUUCAGACACUCUCGACUCCAGUUCUCCCUUCACGCUCUUACCAGCUCCAGCGCAACCUUUAACCGCUUUCGCAUCUAUCAUCUGCGAGGACCUACAAGCCCAAAAUUUGACGUUCGAAGUCUCAGCCAAGAUGUUCAUCCCACGAUUGCAGCUCUCACCUACGCCUCUGGAUUUUGGCGACGUUCGCUCGUAUGAUCGAGCAGAUAUUCUACUAUCACUCAAGAAUCUAUCAGGUCUUCCAAUCGAUACUACUCGACUAAGACAAGGCAACCUCAUUCAAUUCGCAGCUGGAGCGGCUGCUGUUGUGGCAUCAGGAGCGAGUUCUGGGGCUGCUCUAGCCAAGAGAAUUGCAUCGGUUAACCCUUCAAGCAGUGCGAUGUCCGUUGUCUUCCACGUCGCCCCUGAUCGUGGCGAACUGGCACCAGGAGAGCAAGUGACAAUUCGAGUGAGUUUCUUACCUUUGGAUGCUGUAGAGUACGCCGACGAUGAAUUACCGCUCUUUGUCGACGAUGAAUUUUACGUGAAUUUUAGCUUACGAGGCGAAGGAAUUUAUCCGCAUUUAUCAUUCUCGACGAAUCGAGUGGUGCUUCCUACAGUCCCGUUAGGAAUGACUGCGAAUGCUCAAUUUCACGUUUACGCUACGGGCUACGAUCAUCUGGAACUUAAUUGUCGAGUCCCGCUUGAUACGUCGCGUGCACCGCUUACAGUUCUUUUCCCACGUGGGAAAACACUGAGUAUGGCGUGUCCGAGUCUACCCGUUGAGUUACGGUUUUCCAGUACUUCUAGUGUGGCGUUUAAUGCACGCGUUGAGUUCUUCGAUGCUGAUGGGAAUUCCUUCGCGUUGCCAGUUGCUGGAUGUGCAGAGAAUUGUCUGUUUACGAACUAUUCUUUCCUUCAAACGCAUGGUCUAGCAGCAGAACUUAGUGAAGACUUCGGUGGCUCACCUCAACGAAAAGCGUCUUCUAAAUCCGAUCUAGAAUCUGAAAUCGUUUCAAAAUCUAGUCUAGAAUUCCAGUUCUACACUCACGCUUCAGGUCAUUUCCCAGUAUAUCUGCUGUCCACCAAACAAGCUCAAGUGGAGAUAGAAAAAGCCAAAGAAAACGCAUCAGCGAGCGGGUUUGUGGUAGUCGAUCCGUCCACGGAUCAUGAAGAGGAAGAGUCAAAUUCCACUAGUUCUCUCCUUACUCAAUCAACAACCAAUGUACCGUUUUCAGAGGGAGAAAUUCAGCUUGUGAUGCAAUAUCUCAAUGCGAAUUUCCUUCGAACUCCAGUGGUGAAAUUUCCCGAGGAAUUUGCUGAUAACGCUGGUCGUCCAUUGUACGAGUUACUCGACAUGAUCUGCAUCAAGAAGCCAGGGGGACCAGCCAUUCCAAGUCUUGGAGGCGGUACCACCAAGAAAAAAACCGCAGAGGCCACGAAUAGCGGCAGUAAAGCAACCGUUUACUCGAACUCGGUAGCUCAGGCUUCUAAAAAGGACCAACUGACUCAGCUCACGACUCAAUUCAUGGAGUUACUGCGUUUCCUUCGAUCGUAUGGAGCCAUGGUGCACGAUGUGUAUCCAGAGCAAUUAUUAUCUCAAGAAUUUUACUUAAGAGCGUGUGAGAACCCUCAAGUUGAUCCGGCACUUCUUUCUUCUCCAUCGUACGCUUCACUGCCGUUUGUAGCGAGACGACAAGUACUUAAGAGUGAGUGGAAGGCAGUAAGUUCAGCAGCUUGGAUGAAGGUGAUUUACCAGGUUAUCAAGUGCUUUUUACUGUCUCGGAUCACGUGGAAAGGGUACCAAAUGCAACUUCAAAGUGACGAAAACUCUAGUGGGGAAAAUACAGCUCGAAGUGACAAAAGGAAAGGUGAAAAACACCCAAAUUCCGCCGGACGAGCGUGUCAAGGCAGCAACGUUUACAGCGAAGCUGAGAUGGUGUUGAUUCAGUGGCUCUGCGAUCGUGUACGAGCGCUUCAUAAGCCUCAAAAUGCACCUGUAGCGUCGUUAGGAGGAGCAAUUUUAGAGACGCAACUGCUGGAUAUUGGACGAGAUUUACGAGACGGACGCUGGUUCUUCCACCUCAUCGCAGCUCACAUCCCCACGCUCUCAGUGGAUCAAAGUGCGUACCAUUGUUUUCGGUGGAUGCUAGAGGCCACCAGUCGACAGCGAAGACCUCCGUCUGGAGCUCAAUUACAACAUCAAGCAGUUUUGUUACAGCAGACACUUGGAGCUUUUGGACUGGACUUUGGAAUGGAUGUAGAUCGUUUCCUACGGGGCUUUACGGGGAGAGAAAUACUAUUUGGGAAGACUGAUACGUCGACUACUAAACCUCCUGUAUCAAUGUUCUCCGGUCCACCAACACUUAUGGUUCCUGCCAAGAGAUCAGCGACUUAUCCACUUACAUUCACUCCGACGUGGAUGUAUCACGAGACCAGGACGUUUGUACUCUUAAAUACAUCGACACAGCAGCAGUUUGAGUUUGAACUUAGCGGUUACGGUGAAGAACCUUUAGCUCAAGACCACGUGGUGUUAACCUGCCAAGCUCGCACCAGUAUCGUACACAACUUCAACGUAUUCGCUCUUCCCGGGGGUGACGCGAAUGCUGCUCAAAUGUUUAAAGUGGAAUCGGAUUUACGAGACGUUGUUGGUGCUCCUACCAUCGCUGUACCUGCUGGUGGCUUAAACCGUAGUGUCAAAUAUCCGCUGACCUUCAGUCCGUUAGUCAGUGGUUCGUACUUUGGCUCUGUCACCUUUACCAAUGAAGCUACCAGUGAAUAUAUCUGGUACACAGUGGAAGCCUCUGUUAGUCCCCCAGAACCAGAGACAACACUGGAGAUGCGAGCUCCAGUACGCGGGGCAGUCGGUAUCGAGAUCGGAUUGGCUAACCCUUUAGACAGCGAAACCACCUUCACUGUCGAGCUCCGUGGUCGUGGGUUACUUGGCCCUACUACCUUUACGCUUGAAGCACGACAAUCCGGAGUCUACGAGCUGGUCUACUCUCCUCUAUUGGUGAUGAAGGACGCUGGAGAGGAAGGUGCUAUUCUCUUUUCUAGUGACACUGUCGGACAGUUCUGGUACCGUUUAAUCCUCGUAGCGGAGUCCGCUGAUCCUCACGAACUCGACGAUAUGUCGUGUGCUGUAGGGGAUGUCUGUACUCAGCCGCUGUGGCUUCAAAACCCCAGUGAUCAAGAGCUACAACUCCAGUACCGUAUCAGUAACACUCGCAAUUUCUCCAUCAAAGGGUCGAACAGUACGACAAAUAAUACCGUGAAGCGUGUGGCACUUCCUCCGUUUGGUCGUGCCAGUGUCGUGGUAGAGUACACGCCAUCGUCACUCUCCGACUUUGAGAAUACUAGUAUCGUAUUCUUCGAAAAGGACGUAGUGAGUGACUGGGAAUUCACAGUUCGAGGUCGAGGACGAGCUCCUAGUGUUAUGAAGCCUCUAGUAGUCACAGCACGAGUCAAUGAGGCUGCAUCGACGUUGUUUACAUUCAAAAACCCCUUCGCAGCUCCACUUCGAGUCGACGUCAAGCUGGUUGCAGCGGAGAGUGAGAACUCUCCUCCAAGUCCCGUAUUCGACAUGCUACUGAAGAAACGCCACGUACUUCUCGAAAGCUUUGGAUUACUCCAAGUACCAAUUUCCUUCAUACCCCGCGUAGUGAGUGAAACACGGGCAGAGCUUGUAAUCCACGGCGGUGACGAGUAUGCAGAGCUAGAGUGGCGAUAUCCAUUGCGUGGUGUGGCUGAGGCUCCACUGCAUCCUCGAGUUUUGGCUGUACUUGCCUGUCAAGCACGUGACUCGGUUGAGAAACGUGUAGAUUGCGAACUACUUGCCGCACCGGACGACAUGGUAUUGGCUAACGAGACGUUCACGGUCGAUUGGGAGAUUGACGCUGGUCGGUUCGGCCCCAUGGCUACAGCUGCUGCAAUCGAACGGGCGUUAACCGUGACCCCGUUACCGGUUCCGUCAAGUUCCAGCUCCUUCAUCCUCCCGUACACGAUUCGGUUCGAACCUUUGCGUCCGUAUCGAGGGUCUAUCGUGCUGUUAGUGAAGAAGAGUAGUGGAGGUUUAUGGCGUUUUGACGUCUCGCUGGAUGCUGGAGACCCGCCGGUCGACGACGUUCUCUCCAUCGAGUCGAGUUUGAACCAAACAUCUUCUGUGAGCUUCCAACUACGCAACCAGUUCAGACAACCUGCAGCUUUUCUCGCUGAAUUCUCUGCCGGUUCGUCCAGUGCGUUCACGGUUUACCCAGCAGAGGGCGAGUUACCCCCGUACGGUAGUGAAGACGGCACCAUGUUCGUUGUGUCCUUUACACCCACGGGCUACGGCAAGAUGCAGUCAGGUCAACUUGUGAUCUGCACCGAGGAGAUGCAGUGGACAUUCAACGUCAAAGGUGUCUACCCGGAUGCUACGCCCGGUAGUAGAGCCAGUGGGCCUGCUAGUAGUAUGAGUCUCAGUUCAAGCGCCUCUCGCGCGCGACUGGGAAUCACCAAUGGAGGUAGUGAGCAUCGUAAAGAACGGGGCUCCAGAAACAGAAAGUAA